UCUCAGAAAUUGAGAGUACGAUUGCGUUAGUUAACCCACCUCCUUUCUCUCCUUCCCAGAAUUCCUAGAAAACAAAGGAUGAAGGUGAUCGACAAGAUCAAAGCAGCAGAAUCAGAGAACAACACCAUCUUCUCCUUCGAAUUCUACGUUCCAAAAAACGAAGACGGCGUCGUAAAUCUAUCGAAGAGUAUGGAGAAUUUGGUGGUUCAUUCCCCUUCUUUUUGCGACAUUACUUGGCGUGCAACUCAAGGACCUUUAACCCUAGAAAUCGCAAAUCUUAUGCAAAAUUUAGUUUCUGUUGAAACUAUGAUGCAUCUUACCUGCAUUAAUAUGCCUCUUCAAAACAUUGAUCAUGCACUCGAUACUAUCAAAUCCUUUGGUUUGCAAAAUGUUUUGGCUCUUCGCGGUGAUCCACCUCGUGCUCAGGAACAACUUCGUGUUGACGGCUUUUCUUCCGCCCUCGAACUCGUUCAUCAUGUAAGGAGCAAAUAUGGAGAUUACUUUGGGAUUACUGUUGCUGGUUAUCCUGAGGCACAUCCUGAUGUUAUUGGAGCUGAUGGUUUAGUAAGUACAGAAUCAUAUGCUAAUGAUCUUGCUUACUUGAAAACAAAGGUUGAUGCUGGUGCUGAUGUUAUCAUAACACAGUUGUUUUAUGAUACCGAUGUUUAUCUCAAGUUUGUAAAUAAUUGCCGCCAAAUCGGAAUUACCUGUCCAAUUGUUCCUGGCAUUAUGCCCAUUCUUAGCUAUAAGAGGUUUUUAGGAACGACUCGUUUGUGUAAAACAAAGAUUCCUCAAGCGAUCAUUGAUGCAUUGGAGCCAAUUAAGGACAACGACGAAGCAGUGAGAGCCUAUGGUAUACAUCUUGGAACUGAAAUGUGUAAGAAGAUUUUGGCUAGUGGAAUCAAACAGCUUCAUUUCUAUACAAUGAAUGUGGACAAGUCUGCACUAGGAAUAUUAAUGAAUCUGGGACUGAUUGAAGAGUCGAAGAUUCAGAGGCCACCUUGGAAAUGCUCAGCAAUUGCUAGCAGCACCGAGGAAGAUGUUGGGCAUGGGCAACGUGCUGAUGCUCAUAACGCUUUUUAUCUUCAGAUGAGCUUCAACGUGAGCAACUCAGCACCUCUGCUGGUGCUUAGCAAGAUGCCGUAUUCCUGCUGGAGUUGUAACCAUGAGAUGUCUCUGAGAACAUGUCCUUAUUGUUUGCUAUCGAAGCUAUUGGCAAUAGCUAGUAUAGUAUAUGCAUAAGACAUUCAAGAGCGUUUGCCUUGGCAAGCUGAGAUGCAAUUUAGUCUGAAGCAGAGGCCCUUCAUCAGACAGAUACAAAGAUCGUAGGCCAAGGAAUUCCUCACCAAUUCCAUCAAUUGUCAAUUAACCAGCUUUUUUUUUUAUUGGAUAUAAACUCAAGGAUUAUCUACUAUUGAUUGCCAAUCAACAGUUUAAUGGAGAAAAAUCAAACUCCUCUGCUAUUGGAAAGUAUAAGUUUUAAAAUUCGAGUAUUGAGAUUAUAGAUGCAGGACUUGCCAUGCUUACAAUUACGCCAUUCCCAUGAUUUAUUUAUUUUCAAUUCCCAUGAUUUAUUUAUUUUCAAUUCCCAUGAUCUUAACACUCUUCUCUUUGGAGAUCUUAAAACGGAGUAGGAGAUAAUAACUACUUGUACAUUUUUAUAUACUUUCUCUGAUUUUUCCGUAAUUUGCAGCACUUUUUAUUCA